UAAAAAAAAAAAACGUGGUUCGUGAAGUAAACAUUUUGUAUUAUUUCACGUGUGACUGCAAGACAUCGAUCAAGAAUGGAUGACACAAAUGGAAGCACUGAGAAAACUGUUGUGCAAGAUGAAUCUAACCACACGCCUACACAAAAUGAUACUGUCAAGAAGUCUGCACAAAAUGAUACUGUCAAGAAGUCUGCACAAAAUGAAUUAGACGACCAAUCUACACGGAAUGACACUACUAAAGAAGCUGGAAAUAAUGAAUUGGACAAAGAUACUAGACAGACUGAGUCUGACACCAAGAGCAAACAGACUGAGUCUGUGGAAAUCGGUGAUGUCUCUGUAUCGGAAGAAGUCUGCAAAAAGAUUGUCAAGCAGUUGGAAUAUUACUUUGGUGAUGUCAAUCUUCCAAGAGAUAGAUUUCUUCAAGACCAAAUUAAAGCUGAUGAUGGCUGGAUCAAAAUAGAGACGUUACUUACCUUCAAUAGACUGAAAAAAAUCUGUGAUAACAUCAAGUCAAUUGCUCAUUCUGUGAAGAAGUCUACAUCAGAAGUACUGGAGAUCAGUGACUGCCUGACAAAAGUAAGACGUUCACCACAGAAGCCGAUACCGGAGAACACGAAAGAACGAAGGACUGAUAUCAGUGCACGCAGUGUUUACGUGAAAGGUUUUCCCUUGAACUGUGGGAUAGAUGAAUUAGAAGAGUUUUUCCAAACAUAUGGGCCUGUUGAUUCUAUCUUCAUGAAAAGAUUUCUAAAAGAAAAAAAAACAUUCAAGGGUUCUGUAAUUGUAACGUUUACUUCAAAAGAUGACACUGAAAAAUUCCUUAAGAUAGAAUGUGUCAAAUACAAAGACACAGAUGAAAAUGAACUUGAGAAAAUGUUGAAAGAUGAUUAUUAUACGACUAAACAGCAGCAGAAGGCACAACUGAGGAACGAUGAGGAAGAAAGAAAGAAGGAAGAAGAGGAGACCAAAGAAGAGGAAAAAAAGAAACUUCUUGGUCGAAUAACAAAAGGGGCAAUUUUGGAUCUUGAAAAUAUUGCAGACAACACAUCUCGAGAAGACAUCAGAAACUUCUUCUCGGACUUCGGCCAAGUCGCGUGGGUUGACUUCAACUUGGGAGACAAAAAGGCUCGUGUCCGGUUUGAAGGAGAGAAUGGUGCCACACUGGCACUGGAGAAGGCUAACGAAGCCAAUGAUGAUAAGAUUGAAAUCAAUAAUAGUCUUCUCAUGCUUCGUGUUCUAGAAGGUGAGGAAGAGCUAGAACAUUGGCAGAGUAUUUUCAGCAGAAAACAUCAUGGCAGAAAUAAGAAGUGGACCCAGCCAUUCAACAAGGGCAAGAGGAAGUUCAAACAGGGAGGACAUGGCAAGACGUUCCACAGAGGAGACGGAGAACCACAUGAGAAAAGGUCUAAGCCAGAGUGAUGGGAACUGUCUUGGUGAAUGUUGCUUUAACAAGAUGAAAAUGAGUCCACGUCAGAGGUCUGCCUAGUUUUUCAGUGGACACAGAGACAAAUUACGGCAAGUGUACAAAAUGGUACAUUUAAAACCAUGGAUUGGUUUGGAAAUGACAUGUAUCUGUUCAGUGUGUGAAACAGUUUAGUAUCUGCAUUUCAUUCAUUGCUGCUUUAAAAAGAAAGCUCAGUCUGUGGGUUUUAAAGUACACCAACGUUCAUUUUAUAGAUUACAAAAUUAGUAGAAGUUUGAUGGUCAGAAAAGACACAACCUGUUUAAUCAUAACUGUUCGUAAUUAUAUGGAGGUCUCUCUGCUUAAAAAUGACUGUCCGUAAUUAAAUAGAGGUCUCUCUGCUUAAUCAUGACUGUCCAUAAUUAAAUAGAGGUCUCUCUGCUUAAUCAUGACUGUUCAUAAUUAUAUGGAGGUCUCUCUGUUUAAUCAUGACUGUCCGUAAUUAUAUGGAGGUCUCUCUGCUUAAUCAUGACUGUCCAUAAUUAUAUGGCGGUCUCUCUGCAUAAUCAUGACUGUCCAUAAUUAUAUGGCGGUCUCUGCUUAAUCAUGACUGUCUGUAAUUAUAUGGAGGUCUCUCUGUUUAAUCAUGACUGUUUGUAAAUAAGUGGAGGUCUCUCUCCCAGGUUAAACUUUCACUAUGGUUCUUUCUACUUCACACAGUAAGCCUCUUCGCUACACUUUCCCGUAACAGGAUUCGGCCAUUGUGAUGACGUCGCAUUGUUUAGUCGACGGUGAUGAUGUCAGAUUGUUUAGUACACUGUGAUGACAUUGAGUUGUCUAGUACACUGUGAGUGCACUGCCAUGACGUCAAGUUGUUUAGUAGACUGUAAUGACAUCAAGUUGUUUAGUACACUGAUGACGUCAAGUUGUUUAGUACACUGUGAUGACAUCAAGUUGUUUAGUACACUGUGAUGACAUCAAGUUGUUUAGUACACUGAUGAUGUCAAGUUGUUUAGUACACUGUGAUGACAUUAAGUUUACUACACUGUGAUGAUGUCAAGUUCUUUUGUACACUAUGAUGAUAUCAAGUUUAGUACACUGGUGAUGUCAAGUUGUUUUGUACACUAGAUGACAUCAAGUUGUUUAGUACAUUGCAGUGAUGUCAAGUUGUUUAGUACACUGAUGGGGUCAAGUUUAGUACACUGUCAUGAUGUCAAGUUGUUUGGUACACUAUGACGACAUCAAGUUGUUUUGUACACUACGAUGAUGUCAAGUUGUUUGGUACACUAUGACGACAUCAAGUUGUUUUGUACACUACGAUGAUGUCAAGUUGUUUGGUACACUAUGAUGAUGUCAAGUUGUUUGGUACACUAUGACGACAUCAAAUUGUUUUGUACACUAUGAUGAUGUCAAGUUGUUUUGUACACUAUGAUGAUGUCAAGUUGUUUGGGACACUGACGACAUCAAGUUGUUUUGUACACUAUGAUGAUGUCAAGUUCUUUUGUACACUAUGAUGAUAUCAAGUUUAGUACACUGGUGAUGUCAAGUUGUUUUGUACACUAGAUGACAUCAAGUUGUUUAGUACAUUGCAGUGAUGUCAAGUUGUUUAGUACACUGAUGGGGUCAAGUUUAGUACACUGUCAUGAUGUCAAGUUGUUUGGUACACUAUGACGACAUCAAGUUGUUUUGUACACUAUGAUGAUGUCAAGUUGUUUGGUACACUAUGACGACAUCAAGUUGUUUUGUACACUACGAUGAUGUCAAGUUGUUUGGUACACUAUGAUGAUGUCAAGUUGUUUGGUACACUAUGACGACAUCAAGUUGUUUUGUACACUAUGAUGAUGUCAAGUUGUUUGGUACACUAUGACGACAUCAAGUUGUUUGGUACACUAUGAUGAUGUCAAGUUGUUUGGUACACUAUGACGACAUCAAGUUGUUUUGUACACUAUGAUGAUGUCAAGUUGUUUUGUACACUAUGAUGACAUCAAGUUGUUUGGUACACUAUGAUGAUGUCAAGUUGUUUGGUACACUAUGACGACAUCAAGUUGUUUGGUACACUAUGAUGACAUCAAGUUGUUUUGUACACUAUGAUGAUGUCAAGUUGUUUUGUACACUAUGAUGAUGUCAAGUUGUUUGGUACACUAUGACGACAUCAAGUUGUUUUGUACACUACGAUGAUGUCAAGUUGUUUUGUACACUACGAUGAUGUCAAGUUGUUUUGUACACUACGAUGAUGUCAGGUUGUUUAGUACAAUGUUAUGAUGUCAAGUUUUUUAGUACACUGCGAUGGUGUCUGGUUUAGUACAAUGUCAUGACGUCGUUGUUUAGUACACCGCGAUGAUGUCAAGUUGUUUAGUACACUGAUGACGUCAUGUUGUUUAGUACAAUAUCAUGAUGUCAAGUUGUUUAGUACAAUGUCAUGAUGUCAAGUUGUUUAGUACAAUGUCAUGACAUCAAGUUGUUUAGUACACUGCUGAUGUCAAGUUGUGCAUAAGAAUCUGGAAAUACACAACGGAAAGCACACCUAAGUGUUGUUAUAAUGGGCUACAACAUGAAAUGUGUAAAUGCCCACUUCAGACAAGAAUAUUUUAGUUCAUGUUGAAGAAUGGGUUGAGGGAAGUGUAGAUGGACAUGUUCAGGGAGGUGUUUUAGAAAAAUCACCUCAACAGUCUUAUCAGGCCAUGUAUCUUUUAGAUUAAACUUACAUAUUUGGUUUGUGCCUUGUUUAUAGCUGUUUAGUUGAAAUUUUCUUACUGUUUUUUAAACUGAAUAUUAAGAUAAAGGUAAUAUAUGCAAAUUUUAUAUUAUUUCUGCCAGUGUCAUUUCUGUGGACAUAUUGUACCAUAUAUUAAUUCCUCUCAAGUAUGUUCGUGAACAGUUUGUACAUGAUAUUGUAAUUUUACUUAACAAAUAAUAAAAUGUAUGUCUUAUUCUU